UAGAACUGUCACAGUCUGCUGUCAGUAUGUCAUGAGAUCAUAACAAAACAAUUCGCUCAAUUUUUAUAAAAUUAAACAGAGUGUAUGCUUUUUUAUUACUAAUUGUUUGCGAUGGGCGUCGAUAUUGAAGUUCUUAGUCCUGGAAACGGAUCUACAUAUCCUAAGCCGGGUCAAACAGUAGUGGUUCAUUACACGGGCACCUUAGCUGAUGGAAAGCAGUUCGACUGUUCUAGAGAGCGUGGGCAACCUUUUAAGUUUACGCUCGGCAAAGGAGAUGUAAUCAAGGGAUGGGACAGAGGUAUACCAAAGAUGUCAGUAGGUGAGAGGGCCCGAUUAAUCUGCUCGCCUGACUACGGCUAUGGUUCUAGAGGCCACCCAGGGGUUAUCCCAUCUAAUGCCACUUUAGUUUUUGACGUUGAAUUGCUUCAUGUCGAAUAGUAAUCAUAUGUUUAUAAAGUUAAGUUUCUCUAUUCUAAUUGUUGGUAGCCAAGGCUUUGUUGAUUAGUCUUCAUAACAGUUUGAAACAAAUGUUUUAUUGAACAUUUUAAGUUUCAUUCUAUUGACAAAAAUACUUUGUUAGGUCGAAUCCACUUUCUUGCUGCAUAAUAAUAUUUUAACAAUAUUGGGGAUGAAUUAUGGUGAACAAGUUUUUAUUUUUAUUAAAUUCAUGUAUGUAUAUAUAGUUUGCCUGACAGCUGGUACAGUGACUUGAUGUUUUCAUACCAAAAGUAUUAAAGGGAUUAAGAGGUAUGUGGAUUUUAUAUCUCAUAUUAAUGUUAUACUUGCACAAUUUUAGUGACUUAAUUCAUGGCUGUUUGCAUUUACUUGAUACUAUAUAUCUUUGGUUAUUGUUUUACUUAGAAAUAGCAUUUAAUGAUGUAUAGAAUAAUGGUUAAUGUAUGAAUCUUUUACUUCUUCUCAUGCGAAAAUACUCAUAAUAUUAUUUAAAUCACCAUUAUUAAAUAAACACGUUAUAUUACAUUAAAAUCC